UCUGCAUCACCUCUCCGGCGGCCUCCCCUCCCCAUCCACGCCGCGCCGGCGACCUCCCUAUCCUCUCCUCUGUCUGCCUGGUCGGGCCGAGACCCUAGCCCGAUGCCAUGGCGACCAUGGCAGCAGGAGGAGCCCGGUCAUGGCGGCCUCCUCUCCCUGCAGCGCUGCCGCACCUCACCUUCUCUUCUCUUCUCUCCUCUUCUCUCCCAGUAGAGGAGAGGAGGGGAGGGAAGGGAAGGCCUUCUCCGGCGAGCUUCCAGGGAGGGCCGACAGAAGCCAGGACGGAGAUGCCAGAAACCCUAGCCUAGCCUAGCCAUGGAGGUACGACGCCUCAACCUCCGGGCGACAGACGACGGCUGCAGGCCAUCUCCGGUGACGGAUCUCCGACCCCGACCAUGGCUGCUGCUGCUGGAGGCGCACGUCACCUGCCUCCGCGUCGCCACCCCCGUCGACCAGCUCCCCCGCAUCGACGCUUCCUUGUUGCAGACACACUAUGUGCUGCUCCUCCAUUCCUUCAAGGAACAGCUCCAGCAGCAUGUGCGCGUCCACGCCAUGGAGGCGGUGAUGGCCUGCUGGGAGCUCGAGCAAACUCUGCAGAGUCUUACAGGGGCAUCUCCUGGUGAAGGCACUGGGGCAACUAUGUCCGAUGACGAAGACAAUCCGGUCGACAGUGAGAGCAACAUGUUUGACGGGAAUGAUGUGUCAGAUGGCAUGGGCUUCGGAAUGCUAACCGAGGGUGAGAGAUCCUUGGUUGAGCGCGUUAGGCAAGAGCUGAAGCAUGAGCUUAAACAGGGGUAUAGAGAAAAGCUUGUGGACAUCAGGGAGGAGAUACUGCGGAAGCGAAGAGCCGGAAAGCUCCCAGGGGACACGGCGUCUACCCUGAAAGCUUGGUGGCAAGCCCACGCCAAAUGGCCAUACCCAACUGAGGAGGACAAGGCGCGGCUGGUGCAGGAGACGGGGCUGCAGCUGAAGCAGAUCAACAACUGGUUCAUCAACCAGCGCAAGCGGAACUGGCACAGCAACCCUACCUCGUCCUCGUCAGACAAGAGCAAGAGAAAAAGGAACAAUGCAGGUGAGGGCAACGCCGAGCAGUCCUGGUAGGGUGGGUGCGGUCGGUCGGAGAGCGAAGAACGAAGAACGAAUGCCCCAUAUAUGUACAUAGCGCUUCCAUCUUGUCGAUGAUUAGUGUUGAACCUCAUAUGUCCUCUGCAAUUCAUUUCCAUUAUAAUCUUACUCAUACAAUAUUCACACCA